AUGAGCCACAUCUUGCACGCCGUGUCCACGGGUUCGCAGGCCUCGCUGGUGCCUAUCAAGCGCGCGCUGCUGUCCGUGUCGGACAAGACUGGCGUCGUGGAGCUGGCCACUUACCUGUCGCAGCACGGUGUGGAGCUGCUCUCCACAGGUGGCACUGCCAAGGCUCUGCGUGAUGCUCAGCUGCCCGUCGUGGAUGUAUCUGCCUACACGGGCUCGCCCGAGAUCAUGGACGGCCGCGUCAAGACGCUGCACCCUAAGAUCCACGGUGGUCUGCUGGGCGUGCGUGGCAAUGCCCAGCACGAGGCGGACAUGGCUGCCAACGGCAUCCAGAACAUCGACCUGGUUGUGCUUAACUUGUACGCCUUCGAGGCGGCCGUGGCCAAUGGCGGUGACUUCGACACGUGCAUUGAGAACAUCGAUAUCGGUGGUCCGUCCAUGCUGCGCUCGUCGGCCAAGAACCACAAGGCUGUGGUCAUCUGCUCCAGUCCGUCGCAGUACCCGACGCUGAUCCAGGAGCUCGAGACCAACAAGGACUCGUUCAGCACCUCCAUCGAGUUCCGUCGCAGCUGCGCCGCCGCCGCCUUCUCCCUGGCGGCGUCGUACGACUCGGCCAUCUCGUCGUGGCUAAAUGGCCAGCUCGGCACUUCGGCUCCUACCGUCACUCGCGUGUAUAAGAACGAGUUCCCUCUUAAGUACGGUUGCAACCCGCACCAGAACCCGGCUGCUAUCCUCAGCCGUGUGGGUAGUAAGCUGCCCUUCACGGUACUCAAUGGCACCCCGGGCUACAUUAACUUGCUGGACGCUGCCAACGCCUACCAGCUUGUGCGUGAGCUGCGUCUGUCGCUUGGUCUUCCCGCUGCCGCCUCGUUCAAGCACGUGAGCCCUGCCGGUGCCGCUGUGGCUGUGGACCUCGAGCAGGGUCUCCACGCUGCUUACGAGGUCGGCAACGUGACGCUUACCCCGCUGUCACUAGCCUACCUGCGUGCUCGUAACGCUGAUCCUCUGUCUUCGUUCGGUGACUUCGUCGCUGUCAGUGACGUGGUGGAUGAGGCCACCGCUAAGAUCCUCAAGCGUGAGGUGAGCGACGGUAUCAUCGCCCCUGGCUACGAGCCGGCGGCCUUUGAGAUCCUUAAGGCCAAGAAGGGCGGCAAGUUCAUCGUGCUUGAGGCCGACCCGAACUUUGUGCUGCCGGACAUUGAGUACCGUGAGGUUGCUGGCAUCACGUUCGCUCAGAAGCGCAACGAUGUCAUUUUCUCGGCUGAGAAGCACCUGGCGGACGUGCAGACCACUGGUGCUGGUCCUCUGACGGACGCCAAGAAGCGCGACUUGGCUCUUGCUGCUAUUACGCUCAAGUACACGCAGUCCAACUCGGUUGGCUAUGCUAAGGACGGCCAGAUGAUCGGUGUGGGUGCUGGCCAGCAGUCCCGUGUGGACUGCGUCAAGCUUGCUGGCCGUAAGGUGGCUAUCUGGCACCUGCGUCAACACCCCAAGGUGCAGGGUCUUGCCUUCAAGAGCACUGUCAAGCGCCAGGAGCGCGUGAACGCUCGUGUGCGUUACAUUGAAGGCGACAUGGCUCCUGCUGAGCUCGAGACGUUCAACGCGCUGUUCGAGACGGUCCCGGAGCCGCUCACGGCUGCGGAGAAGGAUGAGUUCCUCAAGAACCUGACGGACGUGAGUCUGGCGUCGGACGCCUUCUUCCCGUUCCGUGACUCCAUUGACCACGCCACCAAGCUGGGUGUCAAGUUCAUCACGCAGCCUGGUGGCAGCACCCGCGACGCUGACGUCAAGUCCGCCUGCGAGGAGUUCGGCAUCACCAUGGCCUUCUCCAACCUCCGUCUCUUCCACCACUAA